ACCGCGCUAGAGCUCGGGCUCCUGACAACAAAACCCGCCCCUCCACUCCUGCCUCCAUCCAGGAUAUGCUGCUCUUCCGCACCCCAAAGGCAACGACACCCGACCCCGGUCGGAAUAGGGAAGCGCAGCAGCUACCAUCCUCUCCUUAUAUAGCGUAAGGUAGGGCAGGGUUUCCGCUUCUCCCCCACCUCCACCAGCUCCCUUCUUUUGCUCUUCCUCUAGGGUUCUCGAACCCCCUCCACUGCUCCCCCUUUUGCUUUAAAUAAAAAAAGUACAGAUCCCUAUUACCUAGAUCGAUCUCAUCAACUUCCCAUCAGCAGCAGCAGCAGCAGCACGAAGACCGGUGAAAAAGUUGGUCAAUGGCGAAGACAAAACCGGGGAAGAAGGAUUUGGAUUCCUACACCAUCAGAGGCACCAACAAGGUCGUCAGAGCGGGGGACUGCGUGCUGAUGCGGCCCGCGGACUCGGACAAGCUGCCAUAUGUGGCGCGGGUGGAGAAGAUCGAGGCGGACCACCGCGGCAGCGUCCGGGUGCGGGUGCGGUGGUACUACCGGCCGGAGGAUGCGAUCGGCGGGCGGCGCCGGUUCCAUGGGUCCAAGGAGCUCUUCCUUUCUGACCACUAUGAUGUCCAGAGUGCCCACACCAUCGAGGGAAAGUGUGUCGUCCACUCCUUCAAGAAUUAUACCAAGCUCGAAAACGUCGGUUCCGAGGAUUACUUCAGCCGCUUCGAGUACAAGGCUGUCACUGGGGGGUUCACGCCCGACCAUGUCGCUGUGUAUUGCAAAUGUGAGAUGCCGUAUAACCCAGAUGACCUCAUGGUCCAGUGUGAGGGAUGCAGGGACUGGUUUCAUCCAUCUUGUAUGGGCAUGACUCUUGAGCAGGCAAAAAAAAUAGAGGAUUUCCUCUGUUCAGAUUGUUCCGCAGAUGAUGAUGCAAAGAGAUCUCUGAAUGCUUUCCCUAUCUCACCACUUUCUGAGCCUAAGGUGGAAUCCAAAAGGCGAAAGAGGUAAUUAUUGAUACUAAAAGUUGUCACAUAGAGUCAAGUAUUUUCGAGUGAGAUUACCCUUCUAUUGUUGCUGGCCAUAUAGAACUGUUCAAUGCAGAGAUUAGUUUGCUUGCACAAACAAGUGUUAUUUUUUUUUUUAAUAAAAAUCUUGUUUCGUAAUAUCCAAGUUUGUAGCAAACUUUAUUGGGAUGAUUUUGUCUCCUAUGGAUGAUCUGUGCAAAUCAUGUUUUAUUGUCAUUAGCGUUAUUUUGUAGGGAAAAUUAGAGCA